CUGGAGGCGUGGCCAUGGGAGCCCGCGUUCCAUGCUCAUUGGCUGAGAGGCGGAGGCAGGGCUACGCGGAAGGCGAGCGGAGACGAGACGGCGGUCAUGGAGAGCGCCAGCGCCGGCUUCCGGAAGGUUCGGAGGGGCCGAGCAUCCUUCACAUCAGCACUGCAGGAUGGCCACUACUGCCGAGGGAGGGAGGUCGCGCUGCGCCCGUCCCAGAGGCACGCAGGGUCACCGAUGGCGGAGAGGCCUGGGCCAUUACUGGAGGGGCGCCCGCCCGGGAGGGGCACAGACCAAGCCUUCCUGGCCACCUCGAGUGCCGAGGGCCCUGGCCCGAGCAGGCGGCGAAACCACAGAGCUAAAUCCCCGGCCCAGUUCUCUGGACUUCUUGUACAGUGCAGUGGGAGACCUGAAGCAGGUCGGGUUUUGCCCUUUCGCCUUCCUGGAGCUGGUGAGCAGACUGCUGCACCUGCACUUCAAGGAUGACAAGACCAAAGUCAGUGGGGAUGCCCUGCAGCUUAUGGCAGAGCUCCUGAGGAUCUUCGUAGUGGAAGCGGCUGUCCGUGGGGUGCGGCAGGCCCAGGCAGAAGACACGGCCCUGGUGGAUGUGGACCAGCUGGAGAAGGUGCUUCCUCAGCUGCUCCUGGACUUCUAGGGGUAUCCGCCUCUCCCAGGCCACCCCCAGGAAGCCAGUACUCCCCUGCAAGCUGCUGCACCCCCUGUGGCCAGAAGGGUCUGGGCUAGAUUCACACCAGCACUGCCACCUGGUCCCAGUACUGUCCUCCAGCCUCUGAAGGAUAACGAGAUCUUGGCGGCUGCCGCCUUCCUAGCAUCCUGCCUGUGGCUCACAGGCCCCUGGGAACAGACCUGUGGGUCCUAGGAAGGCAGGUGCAGGGGGAGGGGGACUGGUCUGCCUCCUGGCUGCAGCCACCCUAGAUAGCCCAUGUGUUCUACAAACCGACCAGCUGCCUUGCCACCCAGACAUCAAAGCUGGUGUGUAGCUUUUUAGCCACCUGAUACUUCCCUGAGCUAUAACUUUGUCCUCACAAAGCAACACCAAUAAAUUAACACCUGUCUCCUA